GGCACUGUAUAUUGCCGCAUUCAGUGCCUCAUUCGUUGCAAGCACUCAGUACAAGCGACACGCGACACGUGCAAAGUUAAAUUGUCAGUGGCAAAAGUUGAAACAGUUUGGAUCAAUAAAAUAAAAUAAAAUAAAAUACAAGCAGCUUCCAAACGCACAAGAGCAAACGAGAAGCAGAAAGCACAAAAAGAUGCAUCAUUUGGACGAAUACACGAAGGAAGGUGACCUGAAGAAUCUCGCUCAACGUGAGCUGGCCAAUGGGCGUAUAAAGGAUCCAAUGGACAAAUUGCGUUUGCAAUGCUUCAGUCAUGGCGCCGCCGGAAUCGUGGGUCUUGCUAGAGCAUUCCGCGUGAUGGACAAUGAUGGCAGUCAGACUUUAAGUCUCGAAGAGUUCAAGAAGGGCAUAAUAAAUAUCGGCUUGGAUAUUGACAACGACGAUAUUGAGGACAUUUUCCAACGCUUCGAUAUCGAUGGAAACGGCACCAUUAACAUGAACGAGUUUCUCGUCCAGCUUCGUCCCCCCAUGAACGCUUCCCGUUUGGACAGCAUGAUCAAGGCCUUUAAGAAAUUGGACAAAAAUGACGAUGGACUAAUAACAAUUACCGAUUUGAAGAAGGCCUACUCGGUUGGCAACAAUCCCAAGUAUCGCAGUGGCGAACUUAGCGAAUCGGACCUGUUGAUCACUUUUGUGAAGAACUUUGAAGCUGGUGCCCCCAACCCAGAUGGAUUGAUAUCAAAGGACGACUUCAUCAACUAUUACGCGACCAUCAGCGCUUCGAUUGAUAAUGACGCCUAUUUCGAUCUGGUAAUGCGUCGUGCUUAUAAUCUCUAAAUGUAUUUAGCUUUGACUGUUGAAACUUUGAAUCAGCUUCAACCAAAUGCUUGUUAGUGCCAACAUUAAUAAUCGAAAUAAUCUAUUUGGCAAAGUCUAGCACAACAACAAUAUAUGUUUUGAAUCAAAUGUUUUACUAAAUACCGGUAUUUCUAUCAUUUUUAUAAACACUACUUGGAAACCCAAGAAAUUAUUUAAAAUAAAAGUUAAAAAAUCUA